UCAAGUCAGCGCUCUCAUAAAACUCUGUGACGGCGAGAGUCAUCCCCGCUCGAAAAAGGGAAUCUGGUGGACGAACCGAGGAAGGACAGAGAGAGUGAGACACAGAGAGAACGAGAGAGAGAGACUCUCUUGUUCCAGGCGCUUUUUCCUGCUCCUCCAGUUCAGUUACGAAACGUUCCCUUGAAAACGAAGGCAGCGGAACUUUUUAAUACCACGACUAAAGAAGAACUACAUAGAGCCUUGGCGUGAGCGUGAGCUGUUUCUGACUUGAAAAUUACCCUCUCCAAAAUGAAGACACGAGGUGCCAGUGGAUAAUAGUGCAUGAUUUGGGAUACAACUCAAGUGGUGCUCUUAUCGAGGGUGUUUGUGCUCCAUUGAUUAUCUGUCAAAGCGAGUCCUGCUCAAUCGCUCUGUACCUUAUUCAUAUCGAAAGCAACAUUCGACAACCUUUCCCAAAGCAGUGAUUCGUUCCAAUAUUUGCCCGCCACGCAUUGUGGUGCAUCGUAACUCCUUCCUGUCCCCUCUCGUCGAGUCCGUGUUCCACGAGUGGAACGAAUCCAGUGCAAGCUCAGUCUUGUCAGGGUUCCAAGAGUUGGUGCGAUGAGUUGUGUGCGGCGGUGCUAUUCCACUGGAAGAGGAGUUGGUUCAUUCUCAAUUCUUCAACCAAGUGGAUGAGAAGGAGACUCCUCCUCCGUGACAUUUUAUCGCUCCCUUCAGUCAUCUAUCAUUGGAGUGGGUUUCUCUCCGUUAUCUCGUGAGGCUUUUAAAGGACCAAAGACCACGACUAGGCCUUAGCUCGAGGCUUUGAGGAGCUCUAUUCUAAAAGAGAGGUCACAUCUGCAAAGAAUCAUUUUCUUGGCACUCUGAGUGGAGCGAGUGAGUUUGACUGACUAGCCCUGGCAACCUCUGAAACCAGGUCGGUGAAAUGACUCUAUGGAUGAUCGAGCGCUCACUCUAUGAUUAGAAGAUCUCUGGCUCCGCUCCAUAACGCCGUCUAGAAGAGUUCUUGGAAAUUCACUCGAAGAGACUUAUGAAUCUUGAACAUUUUCCCCUUUUGACUCAAGGAUCACCCAGCCGCUUUUUGGGAUCAUUUGCAUUUUGAUCUCGUCACAAUGGGGAACGCUCACUCGGCGCCAGCCAAGAAAAAAAAUCGCAGUGGAUCCAAGGGAUUCGUGGAAAGCAACCAAUUUGCCAAUGAAAGCUCAAAUGCCAAAGGUUCCAACUUCCGUGGAUCAAUAAUGAACAGCUUCUCCAAAGAGGAUGAAGAGUUGGUGACAGUGGCCCUUUCCAAUAACCACGCUGAGUGGCAACUGUCUCCAGAACAAAAGUCUUGUCUUCGGAGUUGUUGGGUGGACCUUCAAUCCAAUAUCGAGUCCGUCGGCGUGGUCACUUUCCUGAAACUUUUCGAAACGCAUCCAGAAACGCUCAAACCAUUCAUCCCCGACGUCAACUCGGUCCGAGAACUUGAGCUCAACGAAUG